AUGUCUUCAACGAAUCAAACAUCGUUAAGCAGUCUGUUGUUAUCUAUUCAACACAACGCUCUUUUUGUAAUCUCCUGGUUUUAUGUCACAUUUGGCAUUGCUGGAUGUUUUCUCAACAUCCUUCUCUUCUCCAAAAAACAGUUUCGACAAAUAUCCUGUUGUACAUAUUUUCUCGUCGCAUCCGUCGCCAUGUUUAUCCAACUGGUCAUCUAUUCAGUGCCAUCCAUUUAUGCAUUCUACUAUUUCAACCCCAUGUCAUACUAUCCGAUUUAUUGCAAAGUUCGCAUGUAUCUUGUUCUAUCACCAUCAUUGAUCUAUAAUUGGUCAUAUGCUGCUGCCACUUUUGAUCGUUAUGCACUUUCGUCAGCAAAUGCUCGCCUCAGACAAUUGGCAAAAGUGAAGAUUGCCGUCCGAGUGCUCGUGGUAAUUUGUCUUGUCUCUCUGACAUUUUCAAUUUAUGUUCCAGUUGUAUACGAGAUCAAGUCAUCGACAUGUAGUAUAUUUAACAAUCCAAGUGCAACACUAUUUACGACAUUAUCAACUAUCCUGCUAAAUACAUUCAUCCCAACAAUGAUCAUAAUCGUUUAUACUUUGUUAAUUUGGAAGAAUCUGAAAGAGAAACGACAACGUCGUCAACAGUUGUUUAAUCGAGAAAAUAAUAAUUCUGUUCAACAAAAACAGCAUCGACAAGCACUCCGAAUGUUAUUUCUUCAAGUGAUUGUGUUUGUUUUUAUUCGAAUCCCUUGGCUCAUCUAUAGUAUCAACAAUGUUAUUUCAUCUUACAUCACAAAUAAAAGUUCAGAAAGAAUUGCAAUUGAAAACUUCAUCACAGCUGUAGCUGGUGCGUUCUCGUUUUUAUUUCCAUCAAUCUCAUUCUAUGUNUUGAAAACUUCAUAA